AACAAAUAUGGCUGGUUUGGGGUUUGCCCUGGAGGUGGUGAUAAUUGUAUGUAUUGUCAUUAUCUUCCUCUUGGUUUUGUAUUUAAAAAAGAUAAGAAGAAAGAAGGAAAAAAAAGACGAAAUUUCAUUAGGAGAUAUAAUUGAAAGAGAGCAUUCUGCUUGAGGACCAAAUGUUACCAAAAUCACUUUAGAGACUUUUCUUGCAUGGAAGAAAAGGAAAAGACAAGAAAAUAUUGAUGAACUUGAGCAAGAUAUGGAAAGAAGAAAAGCAGACUUUAAGGCAGGAAAAGCACUAAUGAUCAGUGGCCAAGAAGUUUUUGAAUUUUGUCCUGAACUGGUUGAUGAUGAUGAUGAAGAAACAGAUGAUACUCGAUAUACUCAAGGAACUGGUAGUGAUGAGGUUGAAGACCUAAUAAGAAUAAAUUAUAUAGAUUUGAGCCAGUAUGUCCCAAAGGAUGUGGAUGAGACUGGUAUUACUGUGCCUAGUCUUGAAAAAUUCAGUACAUAUACUGUAGAGAAGGAUGAUAAUAAAUUGAGCGAAGCUUUAGGAGGUGAGGCAGAAAAUGGAGAACAAAGUGAUUUGGAAGAAAAUAAUGAAGGACAGGAAAAUGGAGUGAUUGGUGCUGUUCCUGUUGAUGAAAACCUUUUUACUGGAGAGGAUUUGGAUGAACUUGAAGAAUUAAACACACUUGACUUAGAAGAAUGACAGCAAGCAAGUCAGAUGAAAAAACUGUCAGCUUAGCAUAAAUUGAAAUUGACUGCAUUAAUUUUUUCUCCUGUCUAGAAUUCUUAAACAAGAUGUUUAUGGUUUCUCACACUGAUUUCAGGAGGAUACCCCCUCCUCCAAUGCCUCCCCCGCCACCCCCUCCUCCCCAAAAAGGAAUAUUCACCCUUAUCACCUCUAUUCUGACCUUGACUACACCUCUACAGUAAGUUCAGAGUAGGUCAUAAGUAAUCUGAAAUAUAAUGGUCAUUACAGAAAAGAUUUUGUAAAUAAUUGAAGUAUGAAGUAUAAAUGCUUUUUUUUUCCAACUUGUGAGUUUUAUUGGCCAUGUUAUUACCAAGUACAACAUACAUAUUGAAAAUAUCCCUCAUUUAAGCUGCAUCUUUUUAAUGAGUGGUUUGAUUUACUUUGUAUUUAUAUAUUUUAAAAAAGACUGCCUAAAAUAAGAGCACUGUACUUCAUAAAUAGACAACUUAUACAGAUUGUGUUGCAUU